AUGGUGCGCUUCAACCCGAACCUCUACUCGGACGGCAAGGUGUGCCUCUCGCUGCUCGGCACGUGGCACGGCGAGGGGUGGACUCCGCCCUCGGCGAGCAGCUCCGGCUCGACGCUGCUGCAAGUGCUCGUCUCGAUCCAGUCGAUCAUCAUGGUGCCGACGCCGCGCGCCUCGGAGAACACCCCCGCGGGCGAGCAGCGCUCGCGCGAGUACAACGAGGACCUGCGCCUGCAGACGAUGCGCUACGCGAUGCGGGACAUGAUCAAGUGCCCGCCCGCCGGCUUCGAGGCGGCGGCCGCGGCGCACUUUCGGCGGGUCAAUGAGUCAGUCAACUCGUUAAUCAGUCCAUUCAUUCACCAGGCGGCGGUCGCGGCGCACUUUCGGCGGGCGUACAACGAGCUCCGCGCCGUGCUCGACGCGCUACCCGAGGCGGGCGAGCCGGCCGCCGCCUCCGCUUCCACAUCUGAGUGA